AUGGACGGGAAAACUUCUCCGACCACGGCAUCGCCCAGCAGUGUCCCUCCCAGCCUCCAUGCCUCCACGGUCAGCAGCAUCUUCGGCGCCCGACCUCCGCAGCCUCGGGAAAGCGUCCUCGGCAUUAGCUUCAAGCCCUACAGCCCGGAGUCCAGCCCAGCCCCGGCCCCCUGCACGACCUGUGAGAGCACAGGACCCUCCAUGUUCAGAGCUCCCUGCAUGAGCCAGCGGCGGCUUGCGCUCAUCUGCUGCAUCUCCAUCCUCAUCGUGCUGCUCGUCGCCCUCAUCCUGCUGUUUAUGUUCUGGCGGUCGCAGACUGGCAUCGUGUACAAGGAGCCCGCCGAGAGCUGCAAGGAGAGCCCCGUGCGCUGCGACGGCGUCGUCGACUGCUCCCAGAGGAGCGACGAGCUGGGCUGCGUGCGCUUUGCGUCCGACGACUCCUCGCUCCCCGUCUACUCCAGUGCCGAGAGCCAGUGGCUGCCGGUGUGCAGCAGCACCUGGGACGACUCCUUCUCCAGAAAGACCUGCCGGCAGCUGGGAUUUCAGAAUGCGUCGCAGACCGAAUACGUCCCCCUGCACGUCACCGGCAAGAGCCUCACCGUGACCGACGAGCGAGAGACCAUCCAGCAGAGCCUCAACAGCUCACAGUGUCUCACGGGAAAGUACGUCUCUCUCCGAUGCACAACCUGCGGGCAGAGGAUUUCUGGCCGGAUCAUCGGGGGAAAGGAAACCUCCGUGAGCAAAUGGCCCUGGCAAGUCAGCGUGCAGUACGGGCCGAUCCACAUCUGCGGCGGCACCAUCAUCGACGCGCAGUGGGUCCUCACCGCGGCCCACUGCUUCUUCAUGAACAGCAUGAAGAUCCUCGACGACUGGAAGGUGUACGGCGGGGUCUCGGACCUGAAGCAGCACGCAGAGGGCAUCCCCGUCUCCCAGGUCAUCAUCAACUCCAACUACAGCGAUGAUCACGAUGACUACGACAUCGCUCUCAUGAAGCUCUCCAGGCCGCUGACGCUCUCGGCUCAGGUUCGCCCAGCCUGCCUCCCCAUGUACGGCCAGCGAUUCCAGACCGGCAGGUCCUGCUUCAUCACCGGCUUUGGGAAGACCAGGGAGAACGAAGAUAACACAUCCCCGAAGCUGCGGGAGGCCGAGGUGAAGCUGAUCGACUACAAGAUCUGCAACAGCGACAAGGUGUACGAGGGCUACCUGACCCCACGGAUGAUGUGCGCCGGGUACCUGCAGGGGGGGAAAGAUGCGUGCCAGGGUGACAGCGGAGGGCCCCUGGUCUGUGAGGACGACGGCCGCUGGUAUGUGGCCGGGGUGACGAGCUGGGGGACAGGAUGUGGCCAGAAGAACAAGCCCGGUGUUUACACACGCGUGACAAAGCUUCUCAGCUGGAUAUACAGCAAAAUGGAGAGCGAGAACGACUAA